GAGGGUUACAAUUAUACACCAAAGUUAUACCAAAUUGAAGGUGGAACGAUUGAAGGGACUGAAAAAAUAAGAACAACCUAACAUUACGAUACAGAAGGGAGGGGAAAUGUAGCUAUAACAUUUGAAUCUACACCCCGGGGAGUGAUGCAGGCUGUGGAGAUUUCCGGUGUACAUUACUAGUGGAUGGCGUUCCGCUCUCAUCUCGCCACCGUCCUCCGCCAGCCGAAAUAUUUAUCGGAAGGUCGACUCCUGUCCUGGUACCAGAGGAAGAUGACUGAGAGCCAUACCGAAAUGGUUUCUGCCCUUUUACUAGUGGACGACCAGAGGUGUAUCACCUAUUGAUAAGAGCCGGUAGAAAACACACCUGUUGAACCUCACCAGCCCGACCAAAACCUGCCCCCAUAGCCGGGCCUUAUUGGAUCCUCCUGGGCCUCCCCUUCACACAGUCCAAACUGAAUCAAUACGUGCGAAGCAGCAGGAUGACUGAGGCGUGGCAGCAGCACGCAGUGGCCCCUCCACCCACCGUGGUGCACAACCUCCCCCCGGGCUCCGACAGCGCCCUGGGCUGUGCCGUGUACGGGAUCGUCCUCCAGCCGGAUGUGGCAUCCCUCCAGCAGCAGGCCCAGCACGGCCAGCAGCAUGCCGUACCCGCCCAGCAGCCUUCCCUACAGGUAGGAGGCGAGGGAGGGCACAAGUGCGGAGCAUGCGGCCACGACAUAUCCCACCUAGCUAAUCCACAUGAGCACCAGUGUAUGGGCACCGGGGAUCGGUCGUUCCAGUGUACCCAAUGUAUGAAGAUCUUCUGCCAGGCCACUGAUCUGUUGGAGCAUCAGUGUGUACAGGUGGAGCAGAAGCCGUUUGUGUGCGGUGUGUGUAAGAUGGGUUUCUCUUUGCUCACCUCGCUGGCACAGCACCACAACGCCCACAACAACGGCAACAACCCCAUGAAGUGUUCCAUCUGUGAGAAGACCUACCGCCCAGGUUCUGGCAACAACACCCCCACCUCCUCCGCCGCCAACCCGUCCACCGGCGAGGCCUCCAGUGGCGGGGCGGCGUGCGGAGCGUCAGCCGCUACGGCGUUUGAGGCUUCGGGACCGGACAGGCCCUACAAGUGCUCGGUGUGCCACAAGGGCUUUCGGCAUCUGUCUGAGCUGUCACGACACGAGCGGGUGCACACGGGAGAAAAGCCUUACAAGUGUGACACCUGUGACAAGAGCUUCAGCCAGUCCUCUCACCUGGCCCACCACCAGCGCACCCACAGCUCAGAGCGGCCCUACAAGUGUGCCGUGUGUGAAAAGUGCUUCAAGCACCGCUCACACCUGGUGCGCCACAUGUACGCCCACUCCGGCGAGCACCUGUUCAAGUGCAAUCUGUGCGAGAUGCACUUCAAGGAGUCGUCGGAGCUGCUGCACCACCAGUGCCAGCCCACAGUGACGUUGGACAGGCCGUUCCGCUGCGGCUCGUGCGGGAAGGGCUUCAAGCGGCCUUCAGAUCUGCGGCAGCACGAACGCACGCACUCCGAGGAACGCCCGUUCCAGUGCGAGGAGUGCCAGAUGAGCUUCAAGCAGCAGUACGCCCUCGUUCGUCACCGCCGCACUCACAAGAACCCGGCCGACCGGCCUUUUAAGUGUAACCUAUGCGACAAGGGUUUCCUGCAGCCCUCCCACCUGCUGUACCACCAGCACGUCCAUGGCAUGGAGAGCCUGUUCAAGUGUGCUUCCUGCCAGAAAGGCUUCAGCCAAUCCGGUGAACUGCUCCGGCACAAAUGCACCGGCUCAGGGUCGGCGUCUGGCUCCGUGACCGCGGCCACGCCGGCGGUGGAGAAGCCCUACAAGUGCGACGUGUGUGGCAAAGGCUACAAGAAGAAGUCGACGCUCCAGCGCCACCAGAACUCCAGCUGUCAGGAGAAGCCGCUGAAGUGCUCCCUGUGCAACCGGCGCUUCCUGUCGCCGUCUGAGUUCGUGACGCACCGCUGCGACCCGUCACGGGAGAAGCCCCUGAAGUGCCCCGACUGCGAGAAGCGCUUCAAGUAUUCCUCGGAGCUGCAACGGCACCGUCGCGUCCACACCGGAGAGAAGCCUUACAAGUGCUCCAGCUGCGACAAGAGCUUCAAACAGAGGGAGCACCUGGUGAAGCACCAGGCGGUGCACUCGCGGGAAGCCCAGUUUAAGUGCGUGUGGUGCGGGGAGCGUUUUGUGAACCUGGGAGCCCUCCAGGAGCACACGGUCCAGCACACUGCGGAAGGAGGCGGUUAUCCCACAGCCCCGUGUAUACAGUGAGCAGGUCUGCUGCUGUUGAGCGCCUGUACAGUGGGAACACACGCGGUGACAUGGAACGUUGCCCGCCAGGCACGCAGCAACACUCUUUCUGACACCUUAUUUGUAUAUAACCACACAUUCAUUAUUUACAUUUAGUUACACACACACCCCCCUCCCCCACUCCUUUUGCAUAAACAUAAUAAUGGUAUAUACAUAAACAAUGGUAAAACUCUGCUUAAUCCUAAUCAUGAAGUUAUUAUGGACACCUUCUUCCUCACACCAAGGUAAUCGUGCCCAUGUUCUGCCCUUCAUUAGUGACUUCCAACUACCCAUGAUCCCAGAUCAACUGAAAACAGUACAUCAACUACCCAUGAUCCCAGAUCAACUGAAAACAGUACAUCAACUACCCAUGGUCCCAGAUCAACUGAAAACAGUACAUCAACUACCCAUGAUCCCAGAUCAACUACCCAUGAUCCCAGAUCAACUGAAAACAGUACAUUAACUAGCCAUGACCCAGUUCAACUACCCAUGACCCAGAUUAACUGAAAACAGUACAUCAACUACCCAUGAUCCCAGAUCAACUGAAAACAGUACAUCAACUACCCAUGAUCCCAGAUCAACUGAAAACAGUACAUCAACUACCCAUGACCCAGAUCAACUGAAAACAGUACAUCAACUACCCAUGAUCCCAGAUCAACUGAAAACAGUACAUCAACUACCCAUGACCCAGAUCAACUACCCAUGAUCCCAGAUCAACUGAAAACAGUACAUCAACUACCCAUGAUCCCAGAUCAACUGAAAACAGUACAUCAACUACCCAUGACCCAGAUCAACUACCCAUGACCCAGAUCAACUGUGGUCACCUUGUUGGAUGCAGGAAAAAUGCAACUUGAAAAGGAAUCUUUCAAUCUGAAAACGGCAUUUUGAAAUGUAUUCAUGUGUUGUAACAUCAAAUACUUAGGAGUUGCUUUUUAAAACAUUUAUGGAAAUGAACUGUUUAAGGAAAUUGGGGGGGGUGUCUUAUUCUCUGACUCCUUUAUGGUCAUAUAAUUUCUUUGCUGUGGUUUGGGUUCAAGUUUUGGCCACACUACGUGUUGAACUCCCCCUUAACCCUCUGGUUGGCUGUUAGUAAUGCCCAAUAAACCCCACCCCUCAUAGACUUAAAUAUACGUUUCUGCAUGAGUAUAUUUAAGCAAUAUGGCCCGAGGGGUUGUGAUAUAUGGCCAAUAUACCACGGCUAAGGGCUGUUCUUGUGCACGAUGCAAUGCAGAGCCCUUAGCUGUGGUAUAUUGGCCAUAUACCACAACCCCCUUGAGGUGCCUUUAUAAAAUGGUUAUCAAUGUAAUUAGAGCAGUUAAAAUACAUGUUUUGUUAGACCCGUAGUAUACCACGGCUGUCAGCCAAUCAGCAUUCAGGGCUCGAACCACCCAAUUUAUAAUUGUGAAAUAUGUUUAUAUUUAGCAUCACUGUUGUACUGUAGUAGCUUAGGUUUGCUUAAAAAAAAUAAGAAAAAAAAUGUGACAAGUUAUAUCUUGUGUCCUCUUUGGAAAUCUGUGGUAGAUAAACUGUCUCAUCUCUGUACUAUAAUGAAUAGCAACUACUGUAGUAUGUGUCAAUGGGAAUAUUUCCCCGCAUUCUGGAUUACUUUGGCUCCCUAUGUCAUAGAAAUAAACACAUACCAUAUCUCUCCGUCAACGUGGGGCUCCCGAGUGGAACUGCAUCUCAGUGCUAGGAGGUGUCCCUACAGACCCUGGUCCGAUUCCAGGCUGUAUCACAACCGGCCGUGAUUGAGAGUCCCUUAGGGGGUGGUGCACAAUUGAUCCAGUGUCGUCCGCGUUUGGCCCGGGGGGUCCGCGUUUGGCCCGGGGGGUCCGCGUUUGGCCCGGGGGGUCCGCGUUUGGCCCGUGGGGUCUGCGUUUGGCCCGUGGGGUCUGCGUUUGGCCCGCGGGGUCCGCGAUUGGCCCGGGGGGUUAGGCCCGUCAUUGUAAAUAAGAAUUUGUUCUUAACUGACUUGCCCAGUUACAUCAAAUAAAAUGUGCACAGGGAAUGGGCCGACGAUGCUCACAACCUCUGAAUCCUAUACGUACUGUUUGUACAUACAUAUUACACGUUAACAUAUUAACAAACUUAGUGGUAGAAGUUGUCAAAAUGUGUUGAAGAAAUGCUUCUGCUACCUGCUUUUCUACCCAGUUGAGUUGAGAUUGUUUUGUGUUUUUGUAUUUAAGCAAAAAGGGGUGUGGAGGACAUCCUCCGGUCCAGUGGCAUUGUCCUCCGACAGGUGCGAUCACUCCUACGCUACGCUACGCUCGUCCCUCAACCCACAGAGCAGACAGUUGGUCGUAAGACAACGGCCCACUGGUUUUUGUUUAAACCAGUAAUGUCUACAUCUGGAUUUCAACCUAGCAGUUAUCGUGUGAUUUAAAAAUAAUAAUAAUAAUAAUAAAUAAAAAAAACACCAAUCUCUUUAUCAUGAUUUUCAGUUGGACAUGUUGGCCUUGAUUUGUUCCUAGGAGGUCUUCAUGUAAACCCUGCCAAGUUAGGGUCCCAAUUGCACAAAUUGUUCCCUCAGUUGCCCCUGAAAUAGCUGUGAGAGGAUUUUUAUGUCAGUAUGUCUAUAUGUUGAGGUGGAGAAGAAGGAAAUAUGCGAUUAUGUAUGCAAGUUUAUACAUAUGUUGUUGUUUUUUUUAUAUUGUUUUAUGAUAGUGUAUUUGGAAGGAGAGAAAAAAAGAAACCGUAUGCUCACAAUGUGUAUUUGGAAUGAG